AUGUAUUUCGGAAAAAAUUUUUGCAGAGUAUUAAAUUGUCGAGGUUCUUCGCAAACAUUGAAAUUUAUAUUAAAAGUUCGGUUUCAUCCUGUAUCAUCGUCAUUUCAUACAACAUCGUAUGUUCUGAAAUAUAAUCGUAAUCGUCCGCCUAAGAGAGAUCCUAAUUUAUUGACUCCUUUGGAUCCUGAAGAUAAAAAUUUUAAAAUUGAAAAGGCGCUUCAUCAAUUAACAAAAAAAUCGGAUAUAAAUAAAUGGUCAAAACCAUCAAAACUUUUUGAUAAUGUUGGCAAUGAUUCUACAAAAAGGCAACCAAAAUUCUUUGAUGAUUUAUUUGAAAAAAAGAAAAGUUCUUCCUUGGGCAAAUCAAAAGAACUUUUGUCCAAAAUGGUACUUCCUGUUGAAUCCUCUCCGGUAGAGAGACCUAAGAAGGUUCAGCAAGUCCCUGAAGUAAUCAAAAAAAUCCAAAGGGAUAUAUUUAUUCCUGAGGCUAUCUCGGUUUCAAACCUGGCAAAAAUUAUUGGCGUACGGUUGGCACCUUUUGAACAUAAAUUACGCAGUCUUGGAAUAGAAUAUACGACACAUGAUCAUUUGCUUAAUUCCGAAGAGGCGUCGCUAAUUGCGAUGGAAUAUGAUCUAAAUCCAAUAGUUGAUUCAGUUGCUGCAAUUGACCUUUUUCCAAAAACAAUGCCAAAGGACAUGUCUAUAUAUCCACCUAGACCACCAAUAGUGACCAUUAUGGGGCAUGUCGAUCAUGGAAAGACAACAUUGUUAGAUACUUUACGAAAAUCAUCAGUAGCAGCUGGUGAAGUUGGCGGAAUAACUCAGCACAUUGGUGCUUUUUCUGUUUCAUUGCCAUCACAAAAAACCAUCACAUUUCUUGAUACACCUGGUCAUGCUGCAUUUUCUGCUAUGCGUGCUAGAGGUGCUCAUGUAACUGACAUUGUUGUCCUUGUCGUUGCUGCUGAUGAUGGUGUUAUGCCACAAACAUUGGAAGCAAUAAAGCAUGCUAAAGAUGCUGGAGUGCCCAUAAUUGUUGCAAUUAACAAGAUUGAUAAACACGAUGCAGACUCUAGAAAAGUACGCGAUUCAUUCAUGAAGCAUGGUAUAGAACUAGAAGAGGUCGGAGGUGACACGCAAUGUGUUGAAAUCUCUGCCUUAACUGGGAAAGGUUUGGAUACGCUAGAAGAAGCUAUCAUAACAUUGGCAGAAUUAAAUGAUUACCGUGCUGAAGUUGAUAUUGAAGCAGAAGGAGUUAUUAUUGAAUCACAAAUAGAAAAAGGCAAAGGUAAUGUUGCGACAGCCUUGGUUAAACGUGGAACCUUAAAACAAGGCGAUAUUAUUGUAGCAGGCACUAGUUGGUGUAAAGUUCGAAUGAUGAGCGAUGAUAAAGGUCAAUCGCUUAAGCAAGCACCACCUGGUACUCCUGUGAAGAUCAUGGGUUGGAGGGAAACACCAAAUACUGGUGAUGAAGUCCUUCAAGCUAUAGAUGAAGAACUUGCUAAAACUGUGGUUGCCAAUCGACAGAGAAAAAUAGAACGUGAAAAGCAGAUAAAAGAUCUAGAAAUUAUUAAUGAAAAGAGAAGGCAACGUAAAAAAGAGCUGGAGAUUGAUCAGGCUGCAAUUAGAAGUUUUAAAAGAAAAGUCUGGAUGUUUCAUCGUGGGAUGAUUAAAGAAUAUCCUACUAUGACAUCGCCGCCAUCUUCAAAUACAGUAAUAAAGCCUGAUGACGACAAAAUAAAAGAAUUAAGAAUUGUUGUUAAAGGUGAUGUAAGUGGUUCAAUUGAAGCUAUUGUUGAUUCACUAGAUUCUAUUGGGAACGAAGAGGUUCACGUGAAUGUGGUAGAUUUUGGAGUAGGUGAUAUUAGCGAGUCAGAUGUUCAAAUGGCUGCUGCAGCGCAAGGAGCAAUAUUAGGAUUCAAUGUUAAGGUUGAAAAAAGAGCAAGUUCUUUAGCUCAAGCAGAACAUGUUGAAAUAAUGUGUUACAAUAUCAUUUAUAAACUUUUGGAUGAUAUAAAAAACAAGUUAAGUAAAAUGUUACCACCCGUAUUGGAAACAGUUGUUUCGGGUGAAGCAACAGUAUUACAGGUUUUUCAAAUCAACGUUAAAAAUAGAGAAUUUAGGCCAGUAGCUGGUUGUAGGAUUACUAACGGAUCAAUUUUUAAGAAUCAUAAAGUGAGAAUAAUAAGAAAUAAUAAACAAAUAUGGGAAGGAUCAUUAGAGUCAUUAAAACAUUUGAAACAAGAUGUUACAGAAGCAAAGAAAGGUUUAGAAUGUGGUAUAUCAUUUGAUGGAUUUACGGACUUUAAAGAAGGAGAUUUAAUUCAGAGUAUAGUUGUAAAGGAAAUACCACGCACUUUAUGA